AUGGAUGUUAGAAAGUCUGGCCAAUACAGCCCACCGAAUCUCACCCAACCGAGGGUCGAAGAACCCCGAAUUGACGACCAUGUUGUUGAAGAAACGGUCUCUGAGGACUUGCCAUCUAGCCUCAGCGAGAAGCACCCAUCAGAGAACGAAAGCCCUGUCGAUUCAAAUGACUACGAUUCACGGUACUUGGGCAGUGUCAAUGAGAGCUCGUCAGAGCACUGCACCCCGGAAGCAUCGGAACUACCUUCCAACGGUAGUCCUCAUACGGGCAUUCCCGGCCUGCAUGGGGGAGCCCGGCAAUCCGUUCUCUCACCCUGGCUUUCCGACAUCUACCGCCUUUUAGUCUCCAUCCUUCUUCUUGCCGCUAUAUACGCGGUCCUCCUUUCACAGAAUAACAAGCUUCAACGAGACUGGAACAUCCACAUCACCCUUAACUCCAUCGCCAACAUUCUCUCGACAUUCUUGCGAGCGUCCAUCGCCACCGUCGCCGCGGAGAUCAUCUGCCAGACGCGCUGGACGUGGUUCUGGUCUGUCAGGUCAUCAGACCCAGAUCGCCACAUGUUGGAUCUGCAGCACUUCACCAACGGCAGCAGAGAUGCGUUUGUGGCCUUGCAGCUCGCGAAACUUGUCAAGUGGCGCAGUCCCUUGACGCUCAUGGCGACCAUCAUCUUUGCAACAUCCUUCGCGAUCGGUCCUUUUGUACAGCAGGCCAUCAAGACCGUCGAGCGCACCGUGCCGGAGGCCGGGAAGCCUGCUAGUAUUCCCAUAGCACGAAACAUCAGCGCCGAGCCUUACUUCCUCGGAGACUCCUCCGUUGUGCUGAAAGCCAGUACCGUCAACGCCUUGCAAGCUGCUCUGUUGAACCCCAGUGGUAUCAAAAUCGUGCCAAAUUGUCCUACUGGUAACUGCACUUUUACUGGGUUGAACUCGGGCAUGUCAAUUGCUUCAAUCGGGGAGAUCACACAUGCCUCUGCUGGAAUAUGUGCGGAGUGCACCGAUGUCAGCUCUUUGAUUGCAGCAACAUUUGAUGAUUCGACUAAAAAUCUGUCUUUGCCUAAUGGAAUGGAGCUUUCCCUCUCUCAGGGGUAUGAGACGGAAAUGAUCUUCCGACCGGGUGACCUUUCGUGGGCUGGCGGCAUCGUGUCGGAGAAUGCGCGCUCCCUCGCCGGCCUGGCGCUGUCUAAUACGACAGUCCUCGCUGUAGAGACAGCGAGCAGUGAUGGACACAAUAAGUCUACUGCCAACUCAUUGGCUUUGUCGUGCUCGUUCUACGCAUGUUUGCGGAGCUACUCGGGCAUGGUUCAGGGGACGGAGUUGAAGGAGGAACUUCUGUCUCAGGUUCCCAUGCACAAACCUGAUGGCUCCAACGAUACGUCAGAGGGGCAGAAUGGUUCAGGGGGGACAAACGCAGUGAGCCGGGUGAGCAGCAGGCGUUGA